CUCGUAACUGCUGAUAUGGUUGACGGCAGACUGGAGGCGAGCCUGGUUCUCAGUGAGAGAGGAAGGAAAUCCUGUCUGUAUCCCCAGGCUGUGGCGCUCACACGCAGAGGGACGAUGAGAAUAAGCUGGGUUCGAUGGCUGGCUUCUUUGCUGGCCUUGGGCACUGGAAUACUCUACAUCACAUCCAUUAAGCGGGAGGUUCAUUCUCAUGGGGAAAGACUGCAGAGGGCCCAUCAGAAUGACUCAGUCAGGGGCCAGGACAUGCUCAAGAGGCUGGAGAAGAUGGAGGCUCACAUCGAGAAGUUGGUGAAGUCAGUCAACAACGGGAUCAGUCUGAAAGAGGGGCAGGCUGUGAAGGCUACCGAGGUCAAGAAGGAGAGGAAGGUGGUGAAGAAGUUGUACCCCAACUCAGCUCUGUUUACAACCUGGGGUGAUGAGCUCUCAGAGGAGGAGCAGAAAGAGGCAGAGGGGCUGUUUCAGAUGUAUGGAUACAACGCCUUCCUGAGUGACAGACUACCCCUGAACAGGGAAAUCCCUGAUACUCGCGAUCCUAAGUGUGCUAAUCACCAGUACCCCCAUGACCUGCCCACCAUCAGCGUGGUGUUGAUCUACUUGGACGAGGCCCUGUCAAUCAUCAAGAGAGCUGUCCGCAGCAUCAUAGACAAGACCCAACGCCUGCUUAAAGACAUCAUACUGGUGGAUGACCACAGCUCCAAUGAGGACCUAAAGGAGAAGUUGGAUGCCUACAUCAGCUUGAUCGAUGAAGAGCGUCCGGGCCUGUUGAAGAGAGUGAGACACCUGGAGCAGCUCGGUCUCACACAGGCCCGCCUCUCAGGGUGGAGGGAAGCUGAAGGAGACGUGGUGGCCAUCUUGGAUGCCCACAUAGAAGUUCACGUGGAAUGGGCGGAGCCUCUGUUAGCUCGGAUAAAGGAGGACCGCACGUUGGUGUUGACACCGGUGUUUGACAAAGUCCAUUUCGAUGACUUGACAGUCACGCGUUAUUGGCCGAGUACAAACGCCUUUGACUGGGCCCUGUGGUGUAUGUAUGAGUCCUUCAGACCUGAGUGGUAUGCCUUAAAAGAUGAGACACAGCCAGGAAAGAGCCCCUCCAUUAUGGGCAUACUAGUGGUUGAUCGCCUGUUCUUUGGGGAAAUUGGUGCUCUGGAUGGUGGUAUGAAGAUCUAUGGAGGUGAAAAUGUUGAACUGGGCAUCCGGGUGUGGCUGUGUGGUGGAAGUGUCGAGGUCAUACCUUGUUCUAAAAUAGCCCACAUCGAAAGGGCCCAUAAACCCUAUCUCCCAGACCUGAGCAUUACAAUGAAGAGGAAUGCUCUGAGAGUGGCUGAGGUCUGGAUGGAUGAAUACAAACAUAAUGUCAACAUCGCCUGGAACCUCCCACUGAAGGAUCAUGGCAUAGACAUUGGGGAUGUUUCAGAGAGGAAGAAGUUGAGAAAGAGUCUGAACUGCAAACCCUUCCAGUGGUAUCUGGACAAUGUGUAUCCAAUGUUAGACCCCCUGGGUGACUUGCUUGGUUAUGGAGCUCUGGUCAAUGACCUGAAGAUGGAUCUCUGUAUAGAUCAAGGCCCAGUUCCGGGGAACACACCUAUUUUAUAUGGAUGUCAUUAUUUUGGUCCACAGAACUGUUAUUAUCGAGCCAGCGGGGAGAUCUACAUUGGAGGCAUCAAGUCUCACAAGUACAACAGUAAUCGCUGUCUGAUGGACAUUGGCACUCAAACCCCAGGACUGUAUGAUUGCAAGGAGGCCAAGCAGAAGGGAUUCCACAUGCUCUGGGAAUUUCAACAGGCGAGCCUGGUUCUCAGUGAGAGAGGAAGGAAAUCCUGUCUGUAUCCCCAGGCUGUGGCGCUCACACGCAGAGGGACGAUGAGAAUAAGCUGGGUUCGAUGGCUGGCUUCUUUGCUGGCCUUGGGCACUGGAAUACUCUACAUCACAUCCAUUAAGCGGGAGGUUCAUUCUCAUGGGGAAAGACUGCAGAGGGCCCAUCAGAAUGACUCAGUCAGGGGCCAGGACAUGCUCAAGAGGCUGGAGAAGAUGGAGGCUCACAUCGAGAAGUUGGUGAAGUCAGUCAACAACGGGAUCAGUCUGAAAGAGGGGCAGGCUGUGAAGGCUACCGAGGUUAAGAAGGAGAGGAAGGUGGUGAAGAAGUUGUACCCCAACUCAGCUCUGUUUACAACCUGGGGUGAUGAGCUCUCAGAGGAGGAGCAGAAAGAGGCAGAGGGGCUGUUUCAGAUGUAUGGAUACAACGCCUUCCUGAGUGACAGACUACCCCUGAACAGGGAAAUCCCUGAUACUCGCGAUCCUAAGUGUGCUAAUCACCAGUACCCCCAUGACCUGCCCACCAUCAGCGUGGUGUUGAUCUACUUGGACGAGGCCCUGUCAAUCAUCAAGAGAGCUGUCCGCAGCAUCAUAGACAAGACCCCCCAACGCCUGCUUAAAGACAUCAUACUGGUGGAUGACCACAGCUCCAAUGAGGACCUAAAGGAGAAGUUGGAUGCCUACAUCAGCUUCAUCGAUGAAGAGCGUCCGGGCCUGUUGAAGAGAGUGAGACACCUGGAGCAGCUCGGUCUCACACAGGCCCGCCUCUCAGGGUGGAGGGAAGCUGAAGGAGACGUGGUGGCCAUCUUGGAUGCCCACAUAGAAGUUCACGUGGAAUGGGCGGAGCCUCUGUUAGCUCGGAUAAAGGAGGACCGCACGUUGGUGUUGACACCGGUGUUUGACAAAGUCCAUUUCGAUGACUUGACAGUCACGCGUUAUUGGCCGAGUACAAACGCCUUUGACUGGGCCCUGUGGUGUAUGUAUGAGUCCUUCAGACCUGAGUGGUAUGCCUUAAAAGAUGAGACACAGCCAGGAAAGAGCCCCUCCAUUAUGGGCAUACUAGUGGUUGAUCGCCUGUUCUUUGGGGAAAUUGGUGCUCUGGAUGGUGGUAUGAAGAUCUAUGGAGGUGAAAAUGUUGAACUGGGCAUCCGGGUGUGGCUGUGUGGUGGAAGUGUCGAGGUCAUACCUUGUUCUAAAAUAGCCCACAUCGAAAGGGCCCAUAAACCCUAUCUCCCAGACCUGAGCAUUACAAUGAAGAGGAAUGCUCUGAGAGUGGCUGAGGUCUGGAUGGAUGAAUACAAACAUAAUGUCAACAUCGCCUGGAACCUCCCACUGAAGGAUCAUGGCAUAGACAUUGGGGAUGUUUCAGAGAGGAAGAAGUUGAGAAAGAGUCUGAACUGCAAACCCUUCCAGUGGUAUCUGGACAAUGUGUAUCCAAUGUUAGACCCCCUGGGUGACUUGCUUGGUUAUGGAGCUCUGGUCAAUGACCUGAAGAUGGAUCUCUGUAUAGAUCAAGGCCCAGUUCGGAACACACCUAUUUUAUAUGGAUGUCAUUAUUUUGGUCCACAGAACUGUUAUUAUCGAGCCAGCGGGGAGAUCUACAUUGGAGGCAUCAAGUCUCACAAGUACAACAGUAAUCGCUGUCUGAUGGACAUUGGCACUCAAACCCCAGGACUGUAUGAUUGCAAGGAGGCCAAGCAGAAGGGAUUCCACAUGCUCUGGGAAUUUCAACAGGCGAGCCUGGUUCUCAGUGAGAGAGGAAGGAAAUCCUGUCUGUAUCCCCAGGCUGUGGCGCUCACACGCAGAGGGACGAUGAGAAUAAGCUGGGUUCGAUGGCUGGCUUCUUUGCUGGCCUUGGGCACUGGAAUACUCUACAUCACAUCCAUUAAGCGGGAGGUUCAUUCUCAUGGGGAAAGACUGCAGAGGGCCCAUCAGAAUGACUCAGUCAGGGGCCAGGACAUGCUCAAGAGGCUGGAGAAGAUGGAGGCUCACAUCGAGAAGUUGGUGAAGUCAGUCAACAACGGGAUCAGUCUGAAAGAGGGGCAGGCUGUGAAGGCUACCGAGGUCAAGAAGGAGAGGAAGGUGGUGAAGAAGUUGUACCCCAACUCAGCUCUGUUUACAACCUGGGGUGAUGAGCUCUCAGAGGAGGAGCAGAAAGAGGCAGAGGGGCUGUUUCAGAUGUAUGGAUACAACGCCUUCCUGAGUGACAGACUACCCCUGAACAGGGAAAUCCCUGAUACUCGCGAUCCUAAGUGUGCUAAUCACCAGUACCCCCAUGACCUGCCCACCAUCAGCGUGGUGUUGAUCUACUUGGACGAGGCCCUGUCAAUCAUCAAGAGAGCUGUCCGCAGCAUCAUAGACAAGACCCCCCAACGCCUGCUUAAAGACAUCAUACUGGUGGAUGACCACAGCUCCAAUGAGGACCUAAAGGAGAAGUUGGAUGCCUACAUCAGCUUCAUCGAUGAAGAGCGUCCGGGCCUGUUGAAGAGAGUGAGACACCUGGAGCAGCUCGGUCUCACACAGGCCCGCCUCUCAGGGUGGAGGGAAGCUGAAGGAGAUGUGGUGGCCAUCUUGGAUGCCCACAUAGAAGUUCACGUGGAAUGGGCGGAGCCUCUGUUAGCUCGGAUAAAGGAGGACCGCAAGUUGGUGUUGACACCGGUGUUUGACAAAGUCCAUUUUGAUGACUUGACAGUCACACGUUAUUGGCCGAAUGCAAACGCUUUUGACUGGGCCCUGUGGUGUAUGUAUGAGUCCUUCAGACCUGAGUGGUAUGCCUUACAAGACGAGACACAGCCAGGAAAGAGCCCCUCCAUUAUGGGCAUAUUAGUGGUUGAUCGCCUGUUCUUUGGGGAAAUUGGUGCUCUGGAUGGUGGUAUGAAGAUCUAUGGAGGUGAAAAUGUUGAACUGGGCAUCCGGGUGUGGCUGUGUGGUGGAAGUGUCGAGGUCAUACCUUGUUCUAAAAUAGCCCACAUCGAGAGGGCCCAUAAACCCUAUCUCCCAGACCUGAGCAUUACAAUGAAGAGGAAUGCUCUGAGAGUGGCUGAGGUCUGGAUGGAUGAAUACAAACAUAAUGUCAACAUCGCCUGGAACCUCCCACUGAAGGAUCAUGGCAUAGACAUUGGGGAUGUUUCAGAGAGGAAGAAGUUGAGAAAGAGUCUGAACUGCAAACCCUUCCAGUGGUAUCUGGACAAUGUGUAUCCAAUGUUAGACCCCCUGGGUGACUUGCUUGGUUAUGGAGCUCUGGUCAAUGACCUGAAGAUGGAUCUCUGUAUAGAUCAAGGCCCAGUUCCGGGGAACACACCUAUUUUACAUGGAUGCCAUUAUUUUCCUCCACAGAACUGUUAUUAUCGAGCCAGCGGGGAGAUCUACAUUGGAGGCAUCAAGUCUCACAAGUACAACAGUAAUCGCUGUCUGAUGGACAUUGGCACUCAAACCCCAGGACUGUAUGAGUGCAAGGAGGCCAAGCAGAAGGGAUUCCACAUGCUCUGGGAAUUUCAACAGGGAAAAGCCAUCCAGAACAGACAGACAAAGAGAUGUCUGGAGAUUGCCCUAGGGGAGGACACUUUCUACCAGCUCAUCAUUCAGGAGUGCAGUGGGCAGCACUGGUUAAUACGGAAUGUGAUAAAAGACUUCUGAUACACUGAGAUAGUUAGGCCUACUGUACCAGAGACAAUACAGCAGGACUGUAGGAGUUAUCCUGAGAUCAUAAGCAAGUGGGAAGUUGGUAUUUACCACAAACGAUUGGUAAAAAUCCACUUGAACACCCCUCCAACUGGUAAUUAACAGUGGGAAACUCUGGGAGAUUACCAGUGGGAAACCUCUGACGUCACCUACUAAGGAAAUUACCUUUUAAACAGCAUUGUCAGUAGUUAAAUGCAACAACAAAACAUUAUUUACACAAAGAUUUUGAACACUAAUUUUUGUACAAACACGAUAGCUGUACUUAUAGUUUAUGGUUGACGCAGCUUGUUGGCCGUUAGCCAAUCUGAGUUUCUCAACGAGUUCAAAGCACGUGAAUACAUCCAACUGAUAUUUACGACUUCACAACUGGUAAUUACCACCUUCCCACUUCUUUAUGAACACAGCAUUAUCAUUACACUUUGAAAAGCCAAUCAGUGGUCAGCAGUGAGAUGACUGUGUGAUCUUAGUGAACUGCUGGUUGGACAUGGCUUCAUGGGGACAUAUAUACAGUUUCUUCACAGAAUGUGGAAGCCAUUGAGCUGUGUUCUCCUUGGUCCUGAUUGUAAAUGCAGAGAAAUAAUAAAUAUGAUUCCUGUA